GCUUAACUGUUGACGUUUGAUUUUUCCUACACUGCUCGUCUGUAACGAGGGAUUCCAUGGAGAUCAAUAAAACCUGGUAUUUUUAAACAGCAUGAACAUGCCAAAGUUCCGAUGAUCUCGCUUUCAAAUGAAUUAGUCAAUAAAUAUGGGAACUUGAAGAAAAUAAGUGGACCGUUCCACAAAGCAAGGGAAGGGUUUUGCUGUGCAUUCUUUUAUGUUCACGUCCUGAGAAUUCAGAAAAUAUAUAUCUCUCUCUCUCUCUAAAUCUCUCUCUCAUGUCGGAAGCUGAGGCGAAGUCGAAGAAGACUGGACGUCUCUGUAACAUAUGCAACCAGAACCGAGCAGCGCUUCAAAGGCGAAAGACCCAACAGCAGAUGUGCAGGGAAUGCUUUUACUUUGCUUUUGAAGAGGAGAUCCAUAGGGUCAUUGUGGAGAACAGACUAUUCAAACCUGGAGAGCGUGUUGCUAUUGGAGCUUCUGGUGGUAAAGAUUCCACUGUUCUUGCUUAUGUAUUGUCAGAGCUGAACCGUCGGCACAAUUAUGGCUUGGAUCUCUUUCUUCUAUCAAUUGAUGAAGGGAUUACUGGUUAUAGGGAUGAUUCCUUGGAGACUGUCAAGCGAAAUGAAAUACAGUAUGGUUUGCCACUGAAGGUUGUCUCCUACAAAUCUCUAUAUGGCUGGACAAUGGACGAAAUUGUGAAGGAGAUUGGGUUGAAAAACAACUGCACAUUUUGUGGAGUAUUCCGCCGGCAGGCUCUAGAUAGAGGUGCUGCAAUGUUGAAAGUUGACAAGCUUGUCACUGGGCAUAAUGCUGACGACAUUGCCGAAACAGUUCUCUUGAAUAUACUACGUGGAGACAUUGCUAGGUUAGGCAGGUGCACACUUAUAACCACUGGGGAAGAUGGACCUAUUCCAAGAUGCAAACCCUUCAAGUAUACCUACGAGAAGGAGAUUGUCAUGUAUGCAUAUUUCAAAAAGCUGGACUACUUCUCCACAGAAUGCAUAUACUCACCAAAUGCAUAUCGUGGAUUUGCCCGUGAUUUUAUCAAAGAUUUGGAAAGAAUCAGGCCAAGAGCCAUAUUGGACAUAAUACGAUCAGGUGAAACCUUCAGGAUAUCUACCACUACGAGGAUGCCAGAGCAAGGAACAUGUGAAAGAUGUGGUUAUAUAUCUAGUCAGAAAUGGUGUAAAGCCUGUACUUUACUAGAUGGGUUGAAUAGGGGACUGCCAAGGCUCGGUAUUGGUCGAACCAGAGGUGUAAACAAUGCAAAGAAGGACGAGGAACCCUGCUCCAAUGGUGAGAACCAUGAGAUGAAGGAGUCCCAUGUUCAAAGCAAACCAUGUGGGUCACUGGAUUUCUGAUUUGAACUAUUUACUUCUCCAACUGGAGAACAAGGGUCCAUGCAAAUGAAGGAUUUUAGUAGUCUCAGAAGUUGGACCCUGAGAGGGAUUUUGGAUCUUGGCUUUGUGGUCAUGACCAUGGGGGCCAAGCACAGCUUCUAAAGUUCAAAUCCUGUGAUUAAGCUCGAUACUGGUAAAUUAUUUUUCUUCUAAUCCUUCAGUUAUUUCAAAUUUGUGGUUAUUUGCCUUUGUAACUAUAACAUUUAUUGACUGUUGUUUGCUUCACUUAAUUCCCACUGAAAACAAUAUAUAGUCCAAUUUUGUGGACAAUGUCAAUGAGUUAUAUUCUUCCCCC